AUGGAACUUUCACAAUGUACUGUGCAGGUGAUCUCGAAGUUCACCGACGACUUGGUGAACGUUGAUCAAAAGUGUGAUGAAGAGGUAACUGCCCUGCGCCUCAAGUACCGCAGCCAGAUGGAGCCUCUCCUGAUGGAGCGCCGUGAGCUUCUCAAGGGAGUCGGCAACUUUUGGUCUGGUGUGCUCUCGUCUCCUGAGACGCCAAUCUCGGAACUGCUGAACGGCACUAUUGAUCCGAAGAUUAUUCGCGCUGUCACUGAUUUUCAGGUCGUUACCCGGACCAGCGGGAGUAAGCUCUAUCGGAACAUCAUCUUCACCUUUCGUCAAAACAUGUUUGUCGAGGAGGGAGAUGUCUCACGAGAGAUUGACACUGAUAUGAAGACAAUCUCUCUGCAUCCACUCAAGUGGAAACCUGGCAGUGAGCGCGCACGCACUGACUCAUUUUUUGCCUUUUUCACGGCAAACUUCCCUUCCGAUAGGGAAGCCGUGAGCGAGGUCGCGGAGGCUCUCGACAUAAUUUAUCAGAACCCAUUUCUGGCCGUCGAGGCGGACUAG